AUGGGGUUCCUCGUCAGACGACUUCUGAUUAAGGGUAGUUUAUCACUAUCCCGUGAGGACUAUGCCGAGUGGGUUCCCACUAAAAGCAUUCAAGGGGAAAGUAAUGGGAAAAUGUGCAACUACUCACUCGGCAACCUGGAUGGUGAAAAGACUAGCGUUAAUCUAGUUCUUGCGUGUUGGUGUUGGGAGCAGUACAGCGUGUUCGUGUUGGGAGCCGAUGGUCAUGGCGGUGCUUCAUCUUCUGUGUUCCUAGAACGAAAACGGCGGGAACGACCCAAGCAAGGGACAGAACAGCCUGAAGAAUCCAAGAAAGAGAGUCAAGAAGAAAAAGCACAAUUAUUAAGGCUGUAGCUAAUUCCUCUGUCCACCUCCUUGUGGCAGUCUGCGCAGAAGAUCUUUGUGCGAGAUUCUUUCGCUGGAUUGGAUUGCAUGUUUGAAUAAAAGCUUGGGGAAGUGUCGCAGGGAAAUAAUCCCCCACUGUUUUCAAGGAUGCAGCUGACAGACGAAUUAUGAACAAGAAGCGGUCUAACAUCACAAGCAGAAAACAAGAAGAGUGAAAAAGACAGGAGACGGAAAGAAAAAGCAGCGAAGAAGAGGCAAGCAGCCAACAGAACGGCUGAGAUGUUGGCGCUAUUAAGGCCGCUGGAUCUAUAUUUCAAUUCCAAUUUUGAGCCUCUGUCUGUGUGUUGUUUUUCUACCUCUAGGUGUAGUAUUGCUCAUUUCAUCAAGCACUGUUCUCUCCGCUUCAAAGUUUAUUAGUAUAAUUAGAGCAAGCCCACUCUGGUGGCGUUGUUACUUAACAAGGCUGGACCUACAUCUUAGGAUACACCCACUUUUUAAGCCUUAACCAAUAAUGUUGGCGUUAUUAAGGCUGGAGCUUCUAUAUUCGUAAUUAGCGCCAUCCCGUCGACAGUUUCCGAGUAUUGAUCUGGGCAACUAGCUAUGGCUCUGGUUAGGAUUCUAUAUCCAAUGAAGAUCGACCCUGAUCGAACCAUCCAUCAACAUCAUUUCAAAACCAUGAUAAAAGUAUGAAGAUGCUAAACGGCUUAGGGAAUUGGUAAUACAUUUACAUGGAUUAUUUUGGCAUAGGCUAAUCAAGGGUUGCUUCCAACUGUUACUACUUGUCAUGGUUCCAUAAAAGCACCUUAGGGCUUUUUAGAUAUAAAGAAGUAUAAUCGCCUGCGGAGAGAGCACACUAACUAAUCAUUGUUAGAUAAAAGCGCCUUAAGUUGUAUAGACCAUCGCCUGAGCGCGCUAAAAACUACUUCGGUAUUAAAUGAAGUUGCAUAGACUAUCGCCCGAGCACACUAAAAACUAUUUUGGGUAAAUUAAGUUGUUUAGACUAUCACCUGAGGCUGAGCACAUCACGCCUGAGCACAGUAACAACUACUUAUCGGGUAAAAAUUUUAUACUACCAAAGCUGCUCCCUGUCAUAAACUACCUCCAAUUAUGUUGCUGCUGCAUCCUCGUUUCUAAUCCUUGGUGAUAUGUGGGUAGUGGAUUCAAAAGUGGAUGGUGCUAACGCUCGCACGGAG